AUGGAAGGCGAUCAUCAAAUCCAGCCGCCGCAAAUGUACAAGUACAAGUAUCUGGGGAGACAGAGGCCAACCCCUACGACCUGCUGGCCAGGGAUUGGCGAUUUCGUUGUGCUUUCGAUCGAUCCAGUGGCCUCAGUCGCUCAUCUGGAUAAGAUUGCCCGGCGUGCAGCUCGAAAGUUGCCCAGACACACCUUCCUUGCCUUGACUAUGACUGGAUACGGGCUUCCGUUGGAAAGCAAACCAUUCACCUCUUUCCUCAUCGCUUUGGUUCGACAAGGGCUUCCGACAGUCCUCAACCCGCCUUGGGACACACCGGAUAUGUGCUACCCCAUUGCACCGAAUACCUUUCACCCGAAAGGUCGUGAGACUAUACGACCCGUGCAACCGCUGCCUUUGCCCGAUUGCUAUUUCGACACAACUUCACCCUUUCUCGCCUACCUGCGCUGUCGUGUCACAACCACUCCACGUGACUACACGCCUGUCCUGCCCAUGCCAAUCUCGCAACUCUCUCGUCUGCAGUGGCUGAUGAGCGACGAGGUGAUCUACCGUUCUGAGCUUCGCGAUCGCAUUGCUGAAGGAGAUCUGGACGCAAUCGCCAUGCUACCUCUUCCUCCGUCUCCCGUAUCUGCAUACAACGUGCCUCUACCAUCGUCCGAACCGAGUUCGCCCGUUCUUGAUGGAAUGAGAAGUGCGGAGCCUGAUACGGGCUAUCACUCGGACGGCAAUACGGAAGAGGAUGCCUCUGAAGCUGACGCUCUCUCGCGCCAUUCCUCGCAUGACGAGGUGUCUAUUAUCGCUAGUGAUGAUGACCUAUCCGUGAAUGAGCGGAGAGAUGUCGAGCACGCCGAUGACAAUGAUGAUCGGUCUGAUGAGCAGCUGGAUCUCAUGCUGCAUUUCGAGGACUUCAUCAAAGAUACCGGGGAUCUGCACGAUCCUGUGGUGGAUGUCUGGUACGACCUGGAUAUGAUUACGGAGGUGACCGACCCCAUUCAUUAUAUCCGAGUCUGCGCUGAGAUCAGGAAGAUCGUCGAGGAAGCCGAGAUACGACUAGGCAUCAAGGUUGUCAACCCUCCCGCCGAAGCGCCUUCGGCCGAGCCAAAAUCACCAGCGACAUCCCGCGCAAGCAGUACAAACGACGCACCCUACGGAUCCGAGUGA